ACCUUCCCGGAGAUCUUCGUCGGCUAAGACGUUGUACGCUGCGUAGUCGUCCACGCCGUGCAUACGGAGGAUCUGGACCACGGCGUUGCUGAAACCACACAUCGGCUGCGCCGGUGUCCCCUUCAUGAAGACAACCACCUUGUCCUUCUUCACCAUCCCAUCAAGGUCUUUGUGGAGGCCCGCCGCAGCGCACAGAAGCCGGCUUGACGCCGUCCACAUGCGUCCUUCGGAGUAUCCGGGUAGAGAGCACGCCACCCCGGACCGCAGACAUCGAGCAGUAUAUCUUAUUAAGCUAUUCAUGAUGUUUAAAUCUUGAAAUGAAAGUUAAUUUCUCUGUUAUGAGUCCAACUUACUUGAAGACAACCCCAAGAGAACCAGACAAAAACUACGCACGUCUUGAAGAGGCGGGAGCUUAAUGUUCAUUGGCCAGCUGCUUCCAAACAAACUCCAAUGUGAUUUGUCAUUGGUUAGCAUACGCGUUCGUCUUAUUGGUAAAAACAAAUCUUUUUUUUACAGUGUUAAUGUCAACUAAACGUGAAACUAACGAACAUGUAAAUGAAAUAUUUAGUAAACAAAGUAAGGGAAGUACAUGUAAUUUAAUAUCAUCCAAAUCAUUGCUUACGAAAACGCAUAAUAACUUCCGGGUGGCUUGAGUAAAGCGGAAGUAGAUAACAACUGCAAAAUGGCGGAGAGCGUGGAGAAGAACAACAAACCCGCAAAACCAGGAGGAAAAGGGGGCCAGCCGUUGGUCAUUGCCAAAACUCUUGCGGAGGCACAGCGCCUAAAGUUGGAGAGGUUGAUGCGGAACCCGGACAAACUUGCCCCCAUCCCCGACCGACAGAAAGAAUGGACCCCUCGGGCUCCCCCGGAGUUCGUCCGGGAUGUGAUGGGCUCCAGCGCCGGUGCGGGUAGUGGCGAGUUCCACGUUUACCGUCAUCUUCGAAGGCGGGAAUACCAGAGACAAGACUUUCUGGACAAAAUGUCCUCCAAGCAAAGGAAAGAACAAGCCUAUUUGGAUAAAGUGGAGCAAAACAAGAUGGACGCCGAGGAGAGAACGGCGAAGCGUAGGAAGAAGCGGGAAAAAAUGAAGCAGAAGAAGCUCCUGGCAAAGAAAGCCAAACAAGACUCGAAAGCUGAUAAAGACGCGGAGAGCAGCUCGUCUCUCAGCGAGGAGGAAGUGGAGGAGAAGCGGGAGCAGGAAGAAGAAAAAGAGGCUGAUGAUGACGCCGAAGUCCCGAGCUUCAUCAUGGGGAAGAAGUAACUACGUGUGGUGUCCAAAGUGUGACUCGGGGCCAUUCGGGGGCCGGGAGUAAUUUAUUAUUGGCCCGCAACAACAGCAAAUAUAAGGACAGUCCUUUGCAAUGACUCGCUGUUAUUGUUGCUGACAUUGUGGACAUAUAUGAUGUCAUAAAUCAAUGUUUUAUGGAAUUGUUUCAUUUUUUGUGAUAUAGCAGCAACUAUGCAGCUGACUUGCAUUGGCAUGGAGUUGGAUGUCACCGACGUGAGUGAAAUCAAACACAUUUAGACUUAAUUUGUUGCAAAUCUUCUAUAAUUUUUUUAAAUAAAAUGUCUUCUGAAGCAUAAAUCUGUUGUUUCCCCCCCUAUCUUUGCAACCUUGUGACUUUGCCGCUUGCACUCCUCCAUUGCUUGUGGCUCCAAUGAGGUUUGCGAAAAGCAAUUCAAAGAUUGAAGGCGUGACUUCUGCAGACUCGGAAGCGUCACGUGCGAUGUUCUUUGGACACUUCUCCUGCUUUCCACGGCGGCGAUGACCUCGCUCUGUAGGCAUCGCCUUUCUUGAGGCAGGUAGAGGUAAACGAUGAAAGCCGGAUAUUGUUUGACGCAGGUGAAGACCUUCCUGUCAGACACUGUUGGCUGUCACACAUUUUAGUAGAAUAAAGUUUGGAAUAUUCAAAACAGACAUAAGUUGUAAUUUAGAAACACAGAAGUCAUUUUUGAAAAAUGAGGUUGGGGUAGCUGCAUGGCAGAUGAGCGGUUAGCACUCAGGCCUCACAGCUAGGAGACCUGAGUUCGAUUCCCCACUCGGGCAUCUCAGUGUGGAGUUUCCAUGUGUGAGUUUUCUCCGGGUACUCCGGUUUCCUCCCACAUUCCAAAAACAUGCUAGGUUAAUUAGCGACUCCAAAUUGUCCAUAGGUAUGAAUGUGAGUGUGAAUGGUUGUUUGUCUAUAUGUGUCCUGUGAUUGGCUGGCCACCAGUCCAGGGUGUACCCCGCCUCUCGCCCGAAGACAGCUGGGAUAGGCUCCAGCACCCCCGUGACCCUU